UUUCAAUCCUCACUGACUUGUGGGUCCUCCCAUCGCGAGCCAGCGCUUUCAGGAGGAGAGAGAGCACAGCGGGCGGCAAGGCCUUCCCGCUCACUCCGGGCCGCCGCCUCUGCUCUGAGGCUCGCCUUCCCUCGCAUCGGACCCUAGCCCAGCGGCCGGCGGCGAGCCUUUAGUCGACUCCUUAGCGGCCAAGGGCGGCGGCGUCCUCCCCCACUACCGGCCGGUAUCUAAUUGGCGUGGAGUGGAGAUCCAUCCAGGAAAUUGCCAGAUUGGUAUCGAUUCCUUCUGUUGGUUCUUCUUCGUCUCCAGCGCGCGAGUUCGAUCCACCCGACACGAGGUGCGGGUGCGGUUUAUUUUUUCCCAAAAAAAUCGGGUGUUGAACUAGGCUGAUCGCCCAUGGAGCACGCUGAGUCCGGCCCCGGCGGUUGGCCGGAGCUGGCUGACGUGGUGCCGGUGCCGCAGGACGACGGGCCCAGCCCCGUGGUCCCCAUCGCCUACCGCGACGACUUCCGCGAGGUCAUGGACUACUUCCGCGCCCUCUACUUCCCCGGCGAGCGCAGCCCCCGCGCCCUCCGCCUCACCGCCGAGGCCAUAGAGCUCAACCCCGGCAACUACACCGUCUGGCAUUUCAGGCGCCUUAUUCUGGAGGCACUGGAUUCUGAUUUACUGGAAGAGAUGAAUUUUGUCGACAAACUAGCUGAAAGCAAUCCGAAAAAUUACCAAAUCUGGCAUCACAAGAGAUGGCUCGCUGAGAAAUUAGGGCCAGAUGUUGCAAAUAAAGAACAUGAAUUCACAAUGAAGAUACUUGCUAUUGAUGCUAAAAAUUACCAUGCUUGGUCUCAUAGGCAGUGGGUUCUUCAAGCAUUGGGUGGAUGGGAGGGUGAACUGCAGUACUGCAACCAUCUACUUGAGGAAGAUGUCUUCAAUAAUUCAGCUUGGAAUCAGAGAUACUUUGUAAUAACAAGAUCACCGCUUCUUGGUGGCCUUACAGCGAUGCGUGAUUCAGAAGCAGAUUACACAAUUGAGGCCAUUCUGGCAAACCCUCAGAAUGAAUGCCCCUGGAGAUACCUCAAGGGUCUAUACAAGGGUGAGAAUAACUUGCUAGUAGCUGACGAGCGCAUUUCCGGUGUUUGUCUCAAGGUCCUAAAGAAUAAUUGGAGUUGUGUGUUUGCUUUGAGCUUUCUGCUCGAUCUUCUUCGCAUGGGUUUGCAGCCUUCAGAUGAACUCAAAGGAACUAUUGAAGCAAUGAAGAACUCUGAUCCUGAAACGGCAGAUGCUGAUCUUGUGACUGCUGUUUGCUCUAUCCUGCAGAAAUGUGAUCCCCUGCGGGUAAAUUAUUGGUCUUGGUACAAGACCACUCUUUCUUCACAGACCUCCUGACAAACACGUGCUCACCCCUUCAAUCCUCGUUGGACUAGACUCCGUGAGGUAGACAUGAUAUAUGCUUUAGGUUAAGAUAGUUCCACUGGAUCUGCACGAUGCAAACCCAAUCAAGGCUACCUUCAAUGUGAUCUGAGAGCAACACUUGCAGUGGAUUUUGCUGGGACGAAUUGAUCAAUGUUAUUAUUCCAAAUAACACCUUUUGCAA